UAAAACUCCUUUCUCUCCUGAGUCAUGACCUUUUUCCACGCAAUUUUUCAUUCCAGGCAUUGAUUUUCAAACAUCUCCAAAAUAACCAACUACCAAUCUAAAAUGCCGGCUCUUAAUAUCCAAUCUCUUUCAAUGGGUUUUGGGUGAUAAAAGAGAAAAAUCAAUUAAGAAAGAACCCAUUUCAACGUCAUUGGAGUCUCCGACUAGGAAAGGUCUCCAUUUCUUGAAUUUUAGUUGGGCAGAUGACCCAACCCCCAACGGUAAUUUCGAAGCUCUAUUUGAAUAUUUGAAUUUCUUGGAUUGCUUGGCGUGUGUUUUUGUAGUAUUAGAGAGAAACCCACGUAGGAUUUUGCUUGGUUUUUUAACAAUCUGCUAUAAUAGGGCUGGUUGGGUCUGAAUUUCUGAUUGGAGAAAGAAAGCUUCUGGGAUUCCAAUCCUUUUGAUUUUUUUAGGGUUUGGGUUUGAUUUCCGGGGGAUCAUCUCACAGAGGAGGGGUUUUUUGAGUGUUGGACGGGUGAAAUACCCUUUUUGGUGAGCGUUUGAGGGUGGAAAUCUGGAGUGGCUUUGGAUGAAAUUCUGAUCAUAGGGAGAUUGGUUAUGUUUUUGGAGAAAGAACCACAGAGAAAAAUCCAGUUUUUUUUUUUUUUUUUUUAUUUAUAAAUAUUUUGGAGGAACUGGGAUUGAGUCUGGGUGGAAUCGUCGAUUACAAGGAAGGACUUCUAUUUAUUUUUAGUGUGGAGGGGUAAAGUUGUAUAGAAAGCCUUUGUCGAUUGCAGAUUCUGCUGAGGUUGAAGAAAUUUGAAUCUUUGGAGAAAACCCACAAAAGGAUCAAGGUAAUUUGGAUUGAUCCUCUGAAGUUACUAUUUGAGAAUUUGCUAUAAAAAAAAAGCCAUUUUAGAGCAGUUGGAAAAUCCAAGAAUUUUUGGCCAAUUUCUCUUGGAAGAAGAUGGUUAGCAGCGCCGAAGGAAAGCUCAAUCAUGUUCAUUCAAAUGGUUCUAUUAAUGGCUCUAAUGGUGCAGAAGAGAAACUUGAUGAGCUUCGUCGGCUUCUCGGGAAAUCCGACGGAGAUCCGUUGAGGAUCGUCGGUGUUGGGGCCGGCGCUUGGGGUAGUGUCUUCACCGCUAUGUUGCAAGACAGCUAUGGCCAUCUCCGUGAAAAGGCUCAGAUCAGGAUAUGGAGAAGGGCUGGGAGGUCGGUUGAUAGGGCCACGGCAGAGCAUCUCUUCGAAGUGAUCAAUUCACGGGAGGAUGUGCUGCGGCGUCUGAUCAGACGUUGUGGGUACUUGAAGUAUGUUGAGGCGAGAUUGGGCGAUCGGACGUUGUACGCAGAUGAGAUCUUGAAGGACGGGUUCUGCUUGAACAUGAUCGACACUCCCCUUUGCCCAAUGAAAGUCGUGACCAACCUGCAGGAGGCUGUGUGGGAUGCCGAUGUAGUGGUCAAUGGCUUGCCAUCAACGGAAACUCGUGAGGUGUUUGAAGAGAUUAGUAGGUAUUGGAAGGAGAGGAUUACUGUUCCUAUUAUUAUAUCAUUGGCAAAGGGUAUUGAGGCUGCAUUGGAGCCCGUUCCCCACAUAAUAACUCCAACACAGAUGAUCCACCGUGCAACUGGUGUUCCUUUGGAGAACAUUCUUUAUCUUGGAGGACCGAAUAUUGCAUCGGAGAUUUACAACAAGGAGUAUGCUAAUGCUCGAAUAUGUGGAGCUGAUAAGUGGAGAAAGAUUCUUGCAAAGUUUCUUAGGCAGCCGCAUUUCAUCGUGUGGGAUAACAGCGACCUUGUCACACAUGAAGUCAUGGGUGGCUUGAAAAACGUGUAUGCUAUUGGUGCUGGUAUGGUUGCCGCCCUUACCAACGAGAGCGCUACCAGCAAAUCAGUAUAUUUUGCACAUUGUACAUCUGAAAUGAUAUUUAUCACACACCUCUUGACAGAAGAACCAGAGAGGCUCGCGGGCCCUUUGCUGGCAGACACAUACGUAACCUUGUUGAAGGGUCGUAAUUCAUGGUACGGCCAUAUGUUAGUCAAGGGGGAAUUGAGUCUGGACAUGGGCGAUAGCAUCAAAGGCAAGGGCACGAUUCAGGGCGUGUCUGCUGUGGGAGCAUUUUAUGAGCUGCUCGGUCAGCCGAGCUUAAGCCUUCUACAUCCAGGAGAUAAAAUACCCAUUGCUCCAGUCGAGCUUUGCCCCAUCUUGAAGACACUUUAUAAGAUACUAAUUACAAGGGAGCUUUCGACAGAGAGCAUUCUCCAAGCUCUACGAGAUGAAACGAUGAAUGAUCCCCGCGAUCGCAUUGAGAUAGCACAAAGCCAUGCCUUCUACAGACCAUCGCUUCUCACUAGACCUUGAUAGCAGCCCGACAAUGGUCAUUGCGUGUGCUAAAGAGCAAUGGUUGGGGAGAAUAGGCAAGUGUCAAAAUGAUGCAUUCUCAUUUGUUUUUUAAUGUGCUUUGGUGGGCUUGUAAAAGGAUUAUUUGUUCAAUGGCGAUUUUUAUAUAGU